AUGACCACACCCUUAGAUCGGGAGCAAAGGGAUGGGCUGCGUGCCAUUCGUGCCUUCCUCAAAGUCCGCACGAGUUAUGAUGUGCUGCCUCUGAGCUAUAGACUCAUAGUUUUCGACACCUCAUUACUAGUCAAGAAAAGCCUAAUCAUACUUUCACAACAAGGUAUCGUGUCGGCACCACUAUGGGACUCGAAGACUUCAACAUUCGCAGGCCUGCUUACCACAUCUGACUAUCUCAACGUCGUGCAAUAUUACUGGCAGAAUCCUGACGCCUUAGCGCAAGUGGACCAAUUCAAACUCAACAGUCUCCGCGACAUCGAGCGAGCAAUUGGCGUCACGCCGAUAGAGACCGUUUCGAUACAUCCGGACAAGCCGUUGUAUGAGGCGUGCCGACGCAUGCUCGAGUCCCGCGCAAGGCGGAUACCGCUCGUUGACGUUGACGAUGAGACCCGGCGGGAGAUGGUCGUCAGUGUGGUCACGCAAUAUCGCAUCCUCAAGUUCGUGUCAGUCAACGUAAAGGAGACACAGUGGCUCAGAAAGCCGCUACGAGAACUUAGCGUCGGUUCAUAUUCGAACCUGUCAACAGCGCAUAUGGACACGCCGGUCAUGGAUGUGAUACAUACGCUUGUCAAGCGCAGUAUCUCUAGCGUACCAAUCCUGGACAGGGAUGGUACGGUGCUCAAUGUCUUCGAAGCGGUGGAUGUCAUCGCCCUAAUCAAGGGUGGCGAUUACGACAAUCUAAACCUGAGCGUGGGCAAGGCACUUGCGAUGAGGUCUGAGGAUUUUCCAGGUAUCUACACCUGCACCCUGAAUGACCGCCUAGACACCAUCUUCGACACCAUCCGAAAAUCGCGGGUACACCGUCUUGUGGUCAUAGAUGAGCAUCGGCAGCUGAAAGGGUUACUGUCGCUGAGCGAUAUCUUGGAUUAUGCUCUUAAUUCGCCCCUCCUUGAGGACGACGAGUGA